AUGUUGCGAGCUCAAGUUCAUCGAGACGCAGACAUUGAGAUACAGGAAGACAUUAUUACGACGAUUGAAGCUCCAUUAUCAUCGAUUACUAAUCAUCAAAAAAAAGAGGAAAUACUAGCUCGAAAAGAAGAAGAAUUUCUAUGGUUAUUGGUCUUGGCAGCUGUGGCCGAAUGCGUAACCACGUGUUUCAUGCCAAGGUAUACUGUGCACAAUUGGAAGUUAAGUGUUGAUGGUACGGCAUUAAAUUGGAUCGGAUCAUUCUUAGAUGGAUUAUCAUGUGGAUAUGAAGAGUUUAUGGUGAAUGAUCGAGAGAUGUCGCUUGCCUCGUUGCAGUUCCGAUCCGCGUUUUUAGGGGUCUUUACGUCAUAUUCGUUCAUGAUUGACCAUGCCGGAGAUUUGAGCAAUAGUAGCUUUGCAGCGGGACCACUAUAUGUCUGUGCGUCGAUUGGAGGAGGCUGUGGGUGCUUCUACUUAGGUAAACAAGCGGCAACGGCUCUGUGGACGCACCCGGUGGCUGCUAAGGUGAGUCAAAUGUUAGGUACUGUCAAGAAUAAACCGACAUUGCUGGUGAGUUUGAUCACUUUUGUUGGUGUGACGAUGCUGAGAGCAGCACUAGGAGCACAUGGAUUCGUUCGGGACCCGAACGACCCACAUUUUAUCGGACCACUGCACGUAGCAGACGGCGAAGAGCUGAUGCUUGGAAUGUUAAUGUCGUGCAGUGCCGUAUUACUAUCAAACUACAUCUGCGAGUUCUUCCCGCGACAACCGUCGCAAUUGCGCACUGCUAGAUCAAUUAGUGGCGGUCCUUUCAUCGAUUGGGGUUGUCUUUGUUGCAACCUUCUAGCUUCAGUCCUUGCGGGGUUUACGUACCAGCUGAGCAGAAUUUCACAGAUAGGAGUGACGAACAACCUCCUCGCGCUCAAAUUUGUGAGCUCUUUCUGUGGAUCCUUGUCAGCAUUUUCAGGGGCAGUAAGCAUCAUUUCGCGGCUAUGGCUUGCUGGCAAUCGGCAUUCUGCAAUGUGGAACCUUUCCUUACAGCUGCUUGUGGGGCUAGUAUGUGUACCGUACCUAUACAAACAUGACGCUACAUAA